UCUGUCCAUCCGGCCAAUAGCAGCAGCUCGUACUGAAUCCCAUCUUUUACCGCUAAAACUGAACUGGAUCCUGCUGCUGCACCGGUAAGCUGUCUGUAUGUGCGGGCUCAAGCUUCUGUGAAGAUUACAGUGUCAGCGUGGAUCCGAUCAGCUGCUGAAGAUGGGGAUCUCUGGACUUCUGCAGUUCAUCAAAGAUGCAGCAGAGCCCAUCAGUGUCAAGAAAUACAGAGGGCAGACCGUGGCUGUGGACACGUACUGCUGGCUGCACAAAGGAGCGUUUUCUUGUGCAGAGAAGCUGGCUAAAGGAGAACCCACCGAUCAGUAUGUGUGGUACUGCAUGAAGUUUGUGGACAUGCUGUUGAACUUCAGUGUCAAACCAAUUCUGGUGUUUGAUGGACGAAACCUGCCCUCCAAAAAGGAAGUGGAAAGAUCCCGCAGAGAACGCAGAGAAACCAACCUCCAAAAAGGCCGACAGCUGCUACGGGAGGGAAAACUGUCCGAGGCCAGAGACUGUUUUACCCGCUGUGUUAACAUCACUCCAGCCAUGGCUCAUAACUUAAUAAAGGUUGCGAGGGCGAGAGGUGUGGACUGUGUGGUGGCUCCAUACGAGGCCGAUGCUCAGUUAGCUUACCUCACUAAAUCUGGUUUGGCCCAGGCCGUCAUCACAGAGGACUCGGACCUGCUGGCUUUUGGCUGCAAGAAGGUGAUCCUCAAAAUGGACAAGGAGGGCAACGGCCUGGAGAUCGACCAAAGCCACCUCGGCCGCUGUCGCUCUCUGGGGAACGUCUUCACGGAGGAGAAGUUUCGCUACAUGUGCAUCCUCUCUGGCUGCGACUAUCUGGCCUCCCUGCAUGGCAUCGGACUGGGCAAGGCCUGCAAGCUGCUUCGGCUAACCACAGACCCUGAUAUCCUCAAGGUGAUCAGAAAGAUGGGCCAGUACCUGAAGAUGAAGCUUGUCGUCCCCGAGGAGUACGUGGAGGGAUUCAUCAAAGCUAACAACACCUUCCUCUACCAGCUGGUGUUUGAUCCCGUCAGGAGGAAAGUGGUACCGCUGAACCCGUACCCGGAGCACAUCGACCCCGCCACCAUCAGCUACGCUGGAAUUAACCUGGGAGACGACAAAGGCUUACAGAUGGCCAUUGGAAACGUUGACAUCAACACACUGGAGAAGAUUGAUGACUUCAGUCCAGACAGACCUCUGCAGCAGACGUCUAAACCCCGCAGUCGCAGCUGGAGCAGCUCACCAACUUCCAGUGGGCCCAGUAUCUGGAGCAGAGACUUCAAGCCAGGAGCUGCUGCCUCACCGCUGAGUGCUCCCUCCCCAGACAGGCCUCCCUCCACCAGGGGGAAGGAGAGAGUCAUAGGCCUGGAUGGUCUGAGGCUGCCCUGCAGGGAGCUGCAGGUGAAGAGACCACGAGACGACUCUGGUGUGUCAGACCAGGAUGUGCUGCAGCAGUACUCAGCCUUCAGUCCCAAGAGAUCCAGGUCAGACCAGCAGCCAGACAAACCCACAUCAACCAAUCAGCCCCGCCCACGUAACCGCUUCGCCACCCUGCUGCAGCGAAGGAACCAGGAAGCUGAGGAGGACAGCGAGGGCACACGCAGCAGAUUCUUCAGCAGUUCGAAUGCAGCAGCUGCUCCAAACUCUCAGGAGACCGCUCAACAGGAUCCACCUCAGGAUGAAGAGUCCAAAGCUGUGAGUCCCUCUCAGGACAAACCUUCCAGCAACAAGGCCACUGACAGCGAUGGUCCUGAGGCUCCAUCUGUGGACACCCCCAGCCCACCUCAGACACCAUGCACCAUGUCUCCGUCUCCAGCAAGUCAGGGCCUCAGGCUGUUCCACUGGUCAAGCAGCUCCCCCUCCACUGAACAAUCAAGACCGUCCCAGUCCACCUCAGGCCUGAGUGCCCUGCAGCAGUUUCAGUAUAAGAAGGAGAGCUUUGCUUUAUCACCAAAGACUCCCAGAUCACCUGAAGACACACCAACACCCACUGAGGAAAACCCCCAGGACAAGAACGACCCCCCAGACUCCCCUCCCUCCCAGGACAGCGCCUACUUCUCCCAGUCCCAGCCUCUGCUCACAUCCUCCCACCAGGAAGACGCUGCAUGUGAUCUGAAUUCAAGUAAAGAUUCAGAGACCGAGCAGAGUCCCACACACUCACCAGGAACAGAUAAGAAACCCGGCAUGAUUGGGUCAAAGGUUUCAGGUCUGUCAAAGACAAAGUCCAGCAGUCAGGGUCAAGCACUUAAAGGGGGAUCGUUGGGUCCGGCCAGGGCCAGCGGUCUGAGGAAGAAGUCUGUCGGGUCUGCGAAGAAGACCUCCUCCAUCAAUAACGAAAACAACCCCGGUGUCCAGGCCACGAUCAGCAGCCUGUGGAAGAACUUCAGCUUCAAAAAAGAAAGCCAAAAGAUGACUCCCUCGUCGAAAGACAAGCACACGACUCCCGUCAAAGACGGCCUGCUGGCCAGCUCGCCUCAGACAGACGUGAACUUAAUCACCAGCUUCUGACUGAUGAUAUGAAUGUUUCACACAGCUGUGAGCCUGCUCUCUCUGUGUGGGACUGAAGCUUUUAAACAUACCAUGUAUGUCUAUGAUUUCCCCUCAAUGUCAGUUUUUCUUUAUAUGUAGUUUUAAAUAAAGACGCCGUCUUCUGAUCGGA